CCGUGGCUGCCGCCGCAGCGGGAUGGUGCGGGCGGCCUGUUCCGGUGCACCGGGCCCGGCGGCGCCCCCCCGGCGGGACCCCUCCCGCAGCCGGCACAAGCGGCGGCCCCGCAGCCCCGCGGUGGACGAGACGCUGUUCGGGGAGAGCCGGAGCCUGCAGCAGUCGCGCUCCAGCAGCCCCAUCGUGAUCCUUCGGGAUGUGCGGACUGCCCCGAAAGCGUCCCCCGCUGCCAAGCACAAGCCCGAAACCAUCCGACUCAUCACCAAGGACUUAAUCCGUGACCUCGUCAUCCCCACGGAGAACCCAGCAGCGUCCCUCAUCAUGGGGCAGGAGGAUUUCCAGCGCAUUUCAGCAGCAGCCCGAGUCCUGACCAAGGAGGAGCACGAGGCCAAGCGGGCAGCCCUCAAAGCGGAGAAGGAGGCCACUCUCGAUGCCAUAAGCGAGCGCAAGAGAGUGGCCAAGGAGAAGGCUGUCCUGCAGCUGGGGAAGCUGAGCGAGCUGGAGGAGGAGGCACGGGAGCGGGCCCAGAACCUGCUGCAGCGGGCGAACAGGCUGCGCAUGGAGCAGGAGGAUGAGAUCAAGGAGUUCAGCGAGCUGAUCCUCGGUGCCAAGUGCCACAUGAUCCGCGACACGCAGAUCCUGGAGAAGCAGCUCAUCGCAAAAGAGCUGGAGGAAGAAGAGAAGCGCCUGGACACGAUGAUGGAGGUAGAGUGGAAAAAGGCCGAAGAGAUGCAGGAGGAUCUGGCGCGCAAGAAGAGGCAGGAGCUCAUCAGAGGGAGGCAGGAGAUCGUGAAGCAGAUGGAGCAGAACGCAGAGGAGCGGGCGAUGAGAGCUGUGCAGCAGGACCAGGAGGCUCAGGAGAUGCUGGCGUACCUGGAGAAGCUGAAGAUGGAGGACCUGCAGGAGUUAGAGAGGAAACAGGAGCAAAAGAAGAGAAUCCAGGCUGAGAUUAGACGCGUCAACGACGAGAACCAGAAGGUGAAGGAGGAGCAACAGGAGCAGGAGAGGUUGGCGGAUGAGCGGGUGCUCGAGUUCCAGAGGCAGAAGAUGAAGCGGGAGGCCGAGUUUGAAGCUGAGCAGCAAAGAAUCCGUUGGGAGAAGGAGAAGGAGUUGGCACGGAUGAGGGCCAUGCAGGAGAAGGCCCGGGACCACCAGGCAGAGCAGGACGCGCUGAGGGCCAAGCGCAACCAGGAGGCUGCUGAGCGGGAAUGGCGGCGCAAGGAGAAGGAGGCAGCGCGGAGGAAGGCUGAGAUAGAACAGAUGAUGCGGCAGAGCCGCCUGGAGCAGAUCGCCCAACGGGAGCACAGCAUGGCUGCGCAGGUGCAGCAGGACCGGCAGGAGUUCGAGAGGAUCCUCAGGCACCAGCAGGAGCAGAUGGAGAAGGAGAAGGCAGAGGCAGCACGGAGGGCCAGUCUGCGGCUCGCCCACGCCAACGACGUCCGUCGCCAGAUGCAGGAGCGUCAGCAGCAGCUGGCGCAGGAGCGGGUGGCCGCCUUCGAGGAGUGCCGGCGGCUGGAGGAGGAGGCUCGCCAGCGCAGCCAGCGCAUCGCCCAGUUCAAGCAGCAGAAGAUGCAGGAGCUCAGAGCCUCCGGCAUCCCCGAGAAGUAUUGUGCCCGGGUGGAGCGGAGGGCCCUCAACCGAGCAGGUGCAUCCCCUGGCCAGGCUCAGCCACGCGAGGAGCAGAGCUCCAGUUCCCCAGCGACUUAGGGCUUUCUAUUUUCUUAGGCUGGGUUUUCUAUGAA